UACACGAGGUUGGUAAAAACAAAAAUAAACAAACGUUCGCUUUGUGCCGAAAAUUCAUAGGAUCAAAUGGACGAGCAUCUGGCAUUAAAAGUGUUUUUGAGUUAAAACAAAAAAAAUUAUUGAAAAUGGAGCAAACCAUCAACAGCGGGGGGCUCGUUAAUCAUGGAUUCACAAAUAAUGAUGGCCACGGCAGCUCACGCAGUAGUAUCAGUCAACCGGACAGCACCAAGAUACCGAUCGAGACGAAAACGCUUAUUGCAGAUAACGGAGAAUACGUCAACGAAAUCCGAGCAACAACAAAACGAGCGAGCUCAAUGGGGCAACGAUCGAGAAUUUCUGUUGUCCUGCAUUUCCAUGUCAAUUGGUCUAGGCAAUGUUUGGCGUUUUCCAGCUACAGCCUACGCUAACGGUGGCGGUGCCUUCCUCAUCCCCUACAUAAUUAUUUUGACGGUGGUAGGCCGGCCCUACUAUCUGCUCGAAAUGGUACUGGGUCAAUUUUCCAGUAAAUCGACCAUCAAAAUUUGGGAUAUGGUUCCGGCUUUCAGGGGCAUAGGUUUCGUGCAGUUCUUCAUCCUCGUGGCUCUGUCUUCCUACUACUGCUCUCUGAUGGCCUUGACAUUAUUUUAUCUGAUAAAUAGUUUCCAGGCUGAGCUGCCCUGGUCGAAAUGCCGACCGGAGUGGGGCUCGAAUUGUCUGGACUCCCUCAGACGAUCCUUAAAUGCAACCGCAGCUUAUCCGACGAACGUCACCCAGUACAGUUCGGCCGAGCUUUACUUCUUCAAAGAGGUAUUAAGAGAGAAGGACAAUAUCGACGACGGAAUCGGAAUGCCGGAUUGGCGACUCGCCCUGUGUCUGGCCGCGAGCUGGCUCGUGGUCUUCCUCGUCGUUGUUCGCGGCAUCAAGAGCUCCGGCAAGGCGGCAUAUUUUCUCGCUAGCUUCCCCUACAUCGUCAUGCUCGGCUUACUGAUCAGAGCCGUUACCCUCGAGGGAGCCGGCGAAGGAAUCUUGUACUUCGUCAGACCUCAGUGGGACAAGCUCAAGGAUCCGAGCGUCUGGUACGCCGCCGUGUCCCAGUGCUUUUUCUCUCUGACCAUUUGUUUCGGUGCCAUCGUCAUGUUUUCCUCGCACAACAGAUUCGAGCACAAUGUCUAUCGAGACGCCCAAAUUGUGACGACACUGGACAUGUUCACGUCCUUCUUCUCCGGUCUUAUCAUCUUCGGAAUUCUCGGUAAUCUGGCCCACGAGCUCAACACGGACAUCGACAGGGUCGUGCGAGGCGGCACCGGACUCGCCUUCAUCUCCUACCCGGACGCCAUAGCCAAGUUCACGUGGAUGCCGCAAUUCUUCGCCGUCAUCUUCUUCGUGAUGUUGUUCGUUCUGGGCAUCGGCAGCGCGGCCGGACUGGCUUCCAGCGUCAUCGCCAUAAUUCACGACUACAAGCCCCAUUGGAAAAUGAUUCACGUCUCGAGCGGCGUUGUAAUUUCGGAAUUCUUGAUUGGCUUGAUUUACGUUACGCCGGGGGGACAAUUCAUGGUUACUUUUGUCGAUUACUACAUCACUUCCUUCGUAGCAUUUGUACCUGCUAUUUUCAUUCUCAUUGGUGUUUGUUACGUUUACGGACUGAAUAAUUUCCUAGACGAUAUGGAAUUCAUGCUGAAACGACGACUGGGCUGGUACUGGCGUUUCUGUUGGUACUUCUUGACUCCUGCCAUAAUUACCGGAGUUUUCAUCUACAGCGUCGUCAAUCUUAAGCUACUUACCUACAAUGGCAUCUUGUAUCCGGACUUUGCCUACGUAAUUGGAUGGAUUCUAUUCAGCUUUGCUCUUUUGCAAAUUCCUCUCUGGUUGGUUGUAAGCGUUAUCAAAAAAAGACACGAAUUUUCUUUUCCCGAGAUUUUGAAAAGAACAUUCGAUUCGUCGAAAAAUUGGGGUCCUGACAUGAGCGAGAUCAAAAUACGAUGGUUUGAGUUUAGAAGAGAUAAGAAAAAAACGCGUAGUGGUUGAAGAAUUGAGCUCACCU